AUGUUCCCUGGUCAGUACUCGCAGAGGCAUUUCGAAGCAGCGGCGGCGUCGACAGCAGACGCGCCCGGCGUAACACUCGCAGGCGAGACAGAAAUAAUCGAGGCGAGUAGGCAAGGAAAUGAAAGGCUGGGAAGGACAGCCGGCGGGAAGGCCGAGCAAGGCGGUUGCAAGAGCAGCGAGAGUCUGAGCUUUGAGGGGAGGACGGCGGGUGGCGAAAACGAGGGAUGGGAGGCGCAGGAAACGGCAAAGGUAGCCGACGGAAUGGAAGAGCGAGAGGAAGACAGAGGUUCAGAGGGAGAGGAGGAGUCGGGGGAAGAAGGGGAGGAAGGGGAGUCGAGCGAGGAAGAGGAGGAGGAAGGGCCGGGUACCGAUCUGGUGUGCGAGGGAGGGGGGCAAGAGGACGGGAUGGAGGACGCGGAGGGCGGAGUCCGCGCGCAGUGCCGGUCGUUCGAAUCCAUGUCGUCAGCGGGCAGUCGCAGCCUGUGCCUGGGGCCGGGGGGAGCGGGCGAACCGGGGUCGCUCACGGAGUCGGAAGGGGGGAGCUUCGCUGAUGCGCGCUGGCACGUGGCGGCGCCAGGCAUGGGCGCGGGGGGGAUGGGCGUGGGGGGCAUGGGCAUGGGGGGCAUGGGCAUGGGAAUGGGGACCGGUUUGGGUGCGGGAAUGGGUUCAGGGAUGUGGAUUGGGGAAGCGCCAGGCAUGGGGCUAGCAGGAUAUGGGAGUACAGGGUAUGGUUACUCGCAUGGCCAAGCGCAGGUUUCGGGGUAUGGAUAUGGGUAUGCGCAUGGGUAUGGGUAUGGUUACGGCUAUGGGCAUGGGCAUGGGCAAGGACAUGGGCAUGGGCAUGGGCAGGGGAAGGGACGUGUGCAAGACGAGUGGCAUGGGUGCGAUCAAGGGAAUGCGCGAGGGGGAAUGGUAGAGGGUAUGGGAGGGCGUGGGGAGAAUGGUAACGAGGGAGGAGGAGGGGCGGGAGGAGGAGAGGAGCGAGGAGGAGAAGGGAGAGGAGGAGGGCAAGUAGUAGAAGCUGACUUUCGUGGUGCUGUCGGUUCUGUCAGUAUUGAAGCAGCUAGAGCAGCUGGAGCGUCGGUAUUAUCAGCAGCUGGCGCAGAAGCAGAAGAAGGGGGGGAGCACGCCGCAGUGGGAAGGGGUUUGGCAGGAGGGACGGUUGGGAGUGGUCAGAGUCGCGAGGCUGUGGUGCCCUCUGCUGCUAUGCGUGCUGCUGUAUUGCAACACGGGGGUCGGAAACAGGAGGAGGUGGAGCAGCAACAAGAGCAGCAGCAGCUAGAGCAGCAGAAGAAGCAACAAGAGCAGCAACAGAAGCAGCAGCAGCAGCAGCAGCAGCAGCAGCAGCAGCAGCAGCAGCAGCAGCAGCAGCAGCAGCAGCAGCAACAGCCAAAAGAGCUGCAGCAGCAGCAACAGCAGCGGCAACAACAGCAGCAACAACAACAGCAGGAGCAUCAACAACAGAAGCAGAAGAAACAGCAGCAGGAGGAAACCAAGCAGGAGAGCGGGACUGGGGAGAGCACUGCAUGCGCAGGCGAGGUAUCCACUGCUAGAGAUAGUUCCAGAAAGCAACCUCAUGGAAAGGUGGAGCCACGGGUCACAAGCGAGUUAGCGAGGCAGUUCCUAACGGAAUUUGCAAAGGAAAAGGCGAGUGGGAGAGACGGCGAGGAGGGGAGGAGGGCGAAGGGGGGAGCGGAGAGGAUUGAUGAGAGGAAGUUGUCAGAAGGGAAAGAGGAGGAGCAAGGGAAAGGGGGGCCUGUAACAGCUAGAAGGAUCCGUAGCUGUGACGAGUCGUAUUAUAAGGUGGGUACAGGUGGGGAGGUUGGCUUGAAGGGAAGUGGAGAGAGCAAGGAAAGAGGAGGAUCGGGGACGAGAGCAGGGAGUGCAGAGAGAGCGAGGGAAGAGGGGAGGGAGAAUAAGGAUAAGAAGGGGGGAGAAUUUGUGAGGAGGGGAGCGGAUGGGCGGGAUGGUGGGGCGAGGGAAGAGCGAAGGGAUGACAAGGAGAGGAGAGGAUGCGAGGGGGAAAGAGGGUUAAGGAACAAAAAUCCUGGUUUUGAGAGAAGGGAAGGGAAGGAGAGGAGCGAGGAGGGGGAGGAGGAGGGAGGGAAAGGGAGGAGAGAGAGGAGGUACAGCAGUGCAGGGAAGGUGAUGCAAAGAGUGAGAGGGAGCAGAGAAAGCAAGGACUGGAGGGAUGGGGCGGAGGGGGAGGCGAGGCGACGGAGGGGGCACCACGCACGACACGCUAGCGCCAACAAUGCUACCUCUGGUGCUGCUGCCCAUGUGCCCACUGGCCUAUGGGUUAGCUCCAGUGGUGUUCCCACUCCUGCUGUUUUUGCAGCAACGGUUCCAUUGUUUAUGGCUGCGCCUCCUGCAUGCAUUGCUGUGCCAAUGCCAAUAGCACCUAGCGCGGCAGCAGCUGCUGCUGCUACAGCAGGGUUGGUGGUCUCGCAACCCUUUCCACCUCGUUCUGCUAGCACCAUCGGACCUCCCCCUGUGUACGAUGAUGGCAGCAGCAGCGACGGCAGCAGCAGGAGCAAUGGUGGGGCGCAAGGAGGGGGAGAAUCAGUAGCAGGGGUGAGGCGCCUGCUGCUACCUGCUCCUCCCGAUCCUGUCUCAUCCAACGCAUAUGCUCCCUCGGACAACCCCAAACCGGCCUGUAAUUCACCCACGGCUGCAGCCCAUGCUCUCGUUUCAGCAGCUCCCAGCAUGCCUGUUGCACAAGCAUCUACACAUGGCCCAUAUGGUCCGUCACACAUGGACGUGCCUCUUCCUUAUGAUUCCGGUGCGUUUCACAUCACCACCACAACCAUCACAAGCACCAGCACCAUCACCAUCACCUCUCCUACUUCCCCCACCGCCCCUCUUCCUUCCUACUUCUCCCCACCCGACCCUCUCCCUUCCUUUGAACGCUCGGGUCCCGACCAAAACCCUGUUCUCCCCAUCCUUCCUCCCACCUCUCCUCCUCUCCCGGCCCACCCCCUACCGUACCGCCACCAACCGUUCCCCACCGCGUCACCUCACCACGCAUCUGCUCCCCCUCUCUCCCCCCCAGCAUCUGAACCCCCUUCUGGGUUUGAUCCUAGACUGCCCGUACCUUAUGAGGGACAAGUGCGUGGUUCAUCAGAGGGGGGAGACGGCAUGCCAGGAGCAAUGGCGCAUAGGGAAAACCUGGGACCCGUGUUUAUUCAUCAGCAUGAGUGGGAAGAGGGCAGGAGUCGCGAGGGCAGUGGGGGAGGCGGAGGUGCAAGGCAUGAGCAUGCGGGUUUGGAUGCAGGGGACGAAGAAGGAGGAGGAGAGGUUGAAGGGUUGUCAUUCAAGGUGGGUGUGGCUGAACUGGGUAGGAUAGGAGACGGUUGGAGAGAUGUGGAAGGAGGGGGGGUGGGGCUGGAAAGAGAUGUUCCAUGCAGGCAGAUUGUGCUGGAAUUGGGAACAAGAGGAGCCCGUGUUGGAAAUGCGAUGGGAGUGGAUACAGGUGAACCAGCAAGCACAGGCAUGCAGCAGCAGUUGGCAAUGGGCGUCAUGGUAUCAGGAGCAGUGGGAGCAGCGGGAGAAGUGGCUGGAGUGGGAGCAGGGGAAGCAGGGGGAGCAGGGGGAGCAGGGGGGGCUGGGGGAGCAGAGGGAUCAGGGGGAGCAGGGGGAGCAGGGGGAGCAGGGGGGGCUGGGGGGCCCACAGCUGUAGCAACCACCACUGCCGCUGCUGCCGCCGCUGCUGCAGCUGCAGCAGUGGAGGGAUCUCUAAGGGAAAGAGCAGGGGCAGCAAUGGACCCUGUCGAACUCCUCAAAAGCGAGAUGAUCAAGGGAGACCCAGUGGGAAUCCUCGCUGCUGCGGAGGUUAUUCGGCACUUAGCUAAGCGCAGCGCUCGGUGGCGCGAGCACAUCACAGUGGCGGGUGGAAUCCCGCCGCUGCUCGCUUUGCUAAAAGCAGCACAGCACCCGGUGUUAGUGGAAAGUGCAGCAGCUGCAGUGAGGAAUCUGGCAAUUGAGGACGUGAGCCGGAAGCUUCUACAAGCGGUAGGGGCGGUGGGGCCGGUUAUAGCUGCUCUUGUAGAGGCAGGAGGAGGGGAGAUUAAGGAGGAUACAGGCAGUGGUGGUGCUGCUGGGAGCAGCAGUGGUGGAGCUGGCAUCAUGCGAGAUUUAAAGCCCCAGAUGGAGAGUGUUGCUGAGAAUCUCUCAUCUGCUGAACCUGCUGGUGCUGCUGCUGACUAUGGUGAAGAUGGAGAGGGAAGAGCAGCGGGACUUACAGCCCAUGCCGCAACACCCAGUGCCACCGGUGCUAGAUCUCCUGCUCCUGAUCCUGAUCCUGCUGCUGCUCCCCGAGGUGUGGGCUCCCCUGGAAGCACCAGUCAUCGUCGCUUGGCCAGCGCAAUACAAGGCUCCCUUGGUGUUCUCGCCAGUGGCAGCGGCAGCAGCAGCAGCUACGGCAGCGGGAAUGAGACAAACUUUGCCAUCCAGGAGCACGCAGCUGCCAUUCUCUUCAGCCUUGCCAAGAGCGACGACAUGAAGAAGGAGAUCGGGCGCCUGGGAGCCAUCCCCCCUCUCGUGCGCCUCUUCUCCUCCUCCUGCCCCACACUCCCCCUCAACUCCCCUUCCUUCUCCUUCCACGUCGCCCCGACCCCUCCGCACCCCCUUCCACUGCACAGCAUCUCUCUCCGCGUGCUCUACUAUCUCUCAGUGUACCGGCCGAACAAAGCCCUGAUUGUGGCAGCGGGUGCUGUGUCGUGCCUGCUAUCGGUGGUGCGGGAGCAAGACUCCAAGUCCAUGCUUGCAGAUGAUUGUGUGCUGCUGCUCACAUCCCUGGCUGCGGUGCGGGAAGGGCAAGAGGCGAUUGUGGAGAGUGGCGGGAUUGCUGUGCUUGGGAGGGUGCUGGAGGAUGGGACGAUGCUGGGGAGGGAGAAUGCGGGUGCGGCGCUGCUGCUGCUGGCACGUGCGGAAGGGGAGUGGCUGAAGGGUAUAGUGGCGGAAGCGGUGCUACCGUCUCUGCUGGAGAUUGUAAAUGGUGUGGGGGAGAGCAACCGAGCACGGUCUAAGGCCCGGGAGCUGCUGAAUCUCAUAAGAGGAGCCCAGCGGCGGCCGGUCACAGUCUUGGAUAAGGUAAAACAGGAACUGAAAAGCAAGCCUUACUACAUGGGGCAAAUAGACUAG